UUGGCGCGAAAACACAGGGAAGAAGAAGAAGAAGGUGCCGAAGUUGAAGCUGAGAGUGAAGAAUGUCACUUCAUGAAGCCACUGGAUUUCCAUCUUCAUCCACAUUCACUUCUUUCUUCCUCUCUUCCCUUCUCUCUCUCUCUUUUCAAUCUCAAUUUCUCCCCCAAAAAAGAAAAAUGGCGUUUCCCUUUCCAAUUCACGGUUUAUCACAUUCUUAAUGCGUUUCAUACACACCUAACUGAUUUCAUUGCCUUUAUGAUCGCACUCCACUCCUCUCAAACCUUCAAUUUCAGACCUCACUAAUGGGAACUCCAGUGAAUAUUAAUGUGGGUUCGCAUGUCUGGGCCGAAGACCCUGAGGUAUGUUGGAUCGAUGGACAGGUGUCAAAAAUCAAUGGAAAUGAUGCUGAAAUUGAAACUACCGAUGGAAAAAAGGUUGUCGCAAAUUUAUCAAAAAUAUAUCCUAAGGAUAUGGAAGCUCCUCCUGGCGGAGUGGAUGAUAUGACUAAACUGUCCUAUUUGCAUGAGCCUGGAGUCCUGCAGAACUUAAGAAUUAGAUAUGAAUUGAAUGAAAUAUAUACUUAUACUGGAAAUAUUCUGAUUGCAAUAAAUCCAUUCCAAAGGCUCCCUCAUAUUUAUGGUGCACACAUGAUGCAACAAUACAAGGGAGCACCAUUUGGAGAAUUAAACCCCCAUGUAUUUGCAAUUGCUGAUGUUGCAUUUAGGGCAAUGGUUAAUGAAGGAAAAAGCAAUUCAAUUCUGGUCAGUGGGGAAAGUGGAGCUGGUAAAACUGAAACUACAAAGAUGCUUAUGCAAUACCUUGCUUUCCUUGGUGGUAGGGCUGGUACUGAAGGUCGAACAGUUGAACAACAAGUUCUUGAAUCAAAUCCAGUUCUGGAAGCAUUUGGCAAUGCUAAAACUGUCAGGAAUAACAAUUCUAGUCGUUUCGGUAAAUUCGUUGAGAUCCAAUUUGAUAAGAGUGGAAGGAUCUCAGGAGCAGCUAUCCGAACAUACCUUCUAGAGAGAUCUCGGGUUUGCCAAGUUAACGAUCCUGAACGGAACUACCAUUGCUUUUAUCUCCUUUGUGCUGCACCACAGGAGGAAGUUGAGAAAUAUAAAUUAGGAAAUCCUAGAACAUUUCACUACCUUAACCAGUCAAAAUGCUUUGAACUGGCUGAUGUGAGCGAUGCUCGUGAGUAUCUUGCUACUCGGAGAGCUAUGGAUAUUGUUGGAAUCAGUCAAACUCAUCAGGAAGCCAUUUUCAGAGUUGUUGCUGCAAUUCUUCAUCUUGGUAAUAUUGAGUUUACCAAAGGAAAAGAAGUUGACUCAUCCAUUCCAAAAGAUGACAAAGCCAAAUUCCACCUGAAAACUACUGCUGAGCUUCUCAUGUGUGAUGUUGUUGCCUUGGAAGAUGCAUUAUGUAAGCGUGUCAUGGUCACCCCUGAAGAAGUUAUAAAAAGGAGCCUUGACCCACAAAGUGCAGCGAUCAGCAGAGAUGGAUUGGCAAAAACAAUUUAUUCUCGGCUAUUCGACUGGUUGGUGGACACGCUUAAUAAUUCAAUCGGACAAGACCCGAAUUCUAAAUAUUUGAUUGGGGUUCUUGAUAUCUACGGUUUUGAAAGCUUUAAAACUAACAGUUUUGAGCAGUUUUGCAUUAAUUUCACAAAUGAGAAGUUGCAGCAACAUUUCAAUCAGCACGUGUUUAAAAUGGAACAAGAAGAAUAUACAAAGGAGCAGAUAGAUUGGAGCUACAUUGAAUUUGUUGACAACCAAGAUGUUUUGGACCUUAUUGAAAAGAAACCUGGAGGAAUCAUUGCUCUCCUCGAUGAAGCAUGCAUGUUUCCAAAGUCAACACAUGAAACAUUUGCAAACAAGCUUUAUCAAACAUUUAAGAAUCACAAGCGCUUUAUUAAGCCAAAAUUGUCUCGAACGGAUUUCACCAUUGCUCAUUAUGCUGGAGAGGUUGGAUACCAGUCUGACCAAUUUUUAGACAAAAACAAGGAUUAUGUAGUGCCUGAGCAUCAAGAUUUAUUAAGUGCUUCCAAAUGUUCUUUUGUAUCUGGCCUUUUUCCACCACUUCCAGUAGAGACAUCAAAAUCUUCAAAAUUUUCUUCAAUUGGGUCUCGUUUUAAGCUACAACUACAGCAACUAAUGGAGACAUUAAAUUCUACCGAACCCCAUUACAUUAGAUGCGUGAAACCAAACAACAUCCUCAAGCCUGCAGUUUUCGAGAAUGUUAAUGUUAUGCAACAACUUCGUUGUGGUGGUGUUCUGGAAGCAAUUAGAAUCAGUUGUGCUGGCUACCCUACUCGCCGUCCUUUCUUUGAAUUUAUAAACAGAUUUGCCCUCCUUGCCCCAGAGGCCGCGGAAGCAAACUGUGAUGAGAAGACCGGUUGCAAAAAGAUUUUGGAAAAGAUGGGACUUAAAGGAUAUCAGAUUGGAAAAACAAAGGUAUUCUUAAGAGCAGGUCAGAUGGCUGAACUCGAUGCACGGAGAGCUCAAGUACUUAGUAAUGCAGCAAAAAUUAUCCAACGGCGCAUACGAACCCAUCAAGCUCGUAAACAUUAUCUUGCAUUGCGAAAGAAGGCCAUAUAUGUGCAGUCUCGGUGGAGAGGAAGACUUGCGUGCAAACUUUAUGAUAAAUUGAGAAGGGAAGCUGCUGCUGUGAAAAUUCAAAAGAACAUUCGCAGACAUGAAUCUAGGAAAGCCUAUAAAGAACUUCACAUAUCAGUACUUGUGCUGCAAACGGUUUUAAGGGCCACUGCUGCUCGCAAGGAGUUCAGAUUUAGGAAACAGACUAAGGCUUCCAUCAUUAUUCAGGCUCGGUGGCGGUGCCACAAAGCAACAUUAUAUUUCAAGAGGCUCAAGAAAGGUACAAUAGUUACACAAAGCAGAUGGAGAGGGCGUUUAUCCAGGAGAGAACUUAGAAAACUAAAAAUGGCUGCAAGAGAAACUGGUGCACUUCAAGAAGCAAAGGAUAAACUUGAAAAACGAGUGGAGGAACUCACUUGGCGUCUCCAACUAGAAAAAGGUUUAAGGACCAAUCUGGAAGAAUCCAAAGCACAGGAGAUAGCAAAAAUGCAAAAUUCAUUGCAGGCGAUGCAGAGCAAAGUUGAUGAAACUAAUGCUCUGCUCAUCAAGGAGAGAGAGAAUGCAAAGAAAGCUAUUGAAGAAGCACCUGCUGUCGUUAAAGAAACACAGGUUCUGGUUGAAGAUACAGAGAAGAUUGAGACACUCAAAAUGGAAGUUGAGAGCCUAAAGAGUUCACUUGAAUCGGAGAAACAGAAAGCUGAUGACUUUGAAAGGAAAUAUAAUGAAGCCCAAGUUUGUAGUGAAGAAAGAGGUAAAAAAUUAGAAGAAACAGAGAAGAAGAUUCGUCAGCUCCAAGAAUCAUUGGCCAGGCUUGAAGAGAAGAUUAAUAAUGUAGAAUCAGAGAAUCAAGUUCUGCGUCAACAAGCUGUGUCCAUGGCUCCGGUGUCCAUGGCUCCUGUGUCUAUGGCACCUAAUAAGCUCCUUUCAGGACGCUCCUUCCGAUCAAAUAUCCAGAGAGGUGCUGAAAGUGGUCAUAUUGCAGUGGAAACAAAGACAUCUGUGGAACUGCAUAGUCCAUCAAUGAACCAGAGAGAGUCCUCUGAAAUAGAGGAUAAACCACAAAGGUCACUAAAUGAGAAGCAACAGGAGAAUCAAGAGUUACUCAUCAGAUGUAUUGCACAACAUCUAGGCUUUUCUGGGAACAGACCGAUUGCUGCCUGUAUCAUAUAUAAAUGCCUUUUACAUUGGAGAUCAUUUGAAGUUGAACGUACUAGUGUUUUUGAUCGUAUCAUCCAAACCAUUGGUCAUGCAAUUGAGACCCAGGAUAACAAUGAUGUCUUGGCUUAUUGGUUGUCCAAUGCCUCUACACUUCUCCUGUUACUCCAGCGCACACUCAAAGCAAGUGGUGCUGCUGGAAUGGCUCCACAACGCCGUCGCUCUUCAUCAGCAACCCUGUUUGGGAGAAUGACUCAAAGUUUCCGUGGAACUCCAGCUGGGGUGAAUCUUGCCCUAGUCAAUGGCAGUUCAAGCAGAGGAGUAGAUACAUUAAGACAAGUUGAAGCCAAGUACCCAGCUUUGCUUUUCAAACAGCAGCUUACAGCAUAUGUGGAGAAGAUAUAUGGAAUGAUUCGUGAUAACUUGAAGAAAGAAAUAUCUCCCUUGCUUGGAUUAUGCAUCCAGGCGCCAAGAACAUCCCGAGCAAGCUUGGUUAAGGGAUCGCGUUCUGUUCCAAACACUGAAGCCCAGCGCGCUUUGAUUGCUCACUGGCAGGGGAUAGUGAAGAGCCUAGGCACCUUUUUAAAUACGUUGAAAGCAAAUAAUGUUCCCCCAUUUUUGGUUCGUAAGGUGUUCACACAAAUUUUUUCUUUUAUCAAUGUACAAUUAUUCAAUAGUCUUCUUUUACGAAGGGAAUGCUGCUCAUUUAGUAAUGGAGAGUAUGUCAAAGCUGGUUUGGCUGAAUUGGAGCAUUGGUGUUAUAAGGCAACUGAUGAGUAUGCAGGUUCAGCCUGGGAUGAGCUCAGACAUAUUAGACAAGCUAUUGGAUUUCUGGUCAUACACCAGAAACCGAAGAAGACACUGGAUGAAAUAAGCCAUGACCUGUGUCCAGUACUUAGUAUACAGCAACUAUAUCGAAUUGGCACCAUGUACUGGGAUGACAAAUAUGGAACGCAUAGUGUGGCCCCUGAUGUCAUAUCCAGUAUGAGAGUAUUGAUGACUGAAGAUUCAAAUAAUGCAGUUAGCAGUUCUUUCUUAUUGGAUGAUGAUUCAAGCAUUCCGUUUUCUGUUGACGACAUAUCGAAGUCAAUGGAACAGAUAGAUAUCGCAGAUAUAGACCCCCCGCCACUGAUUCGUGAAAACUCUGGCUUUAGCUUUUUGUUGCCACGCCCAGAUUGACAGAUUGUGCUGUAGAAUUAACCGGCCGGUAUUCUUACCCACCUCUUGGAUAUAUCAAAGUCACAUUCUGUCAGGUAUUCUCAUGGAAUGCUGACUUUGGUUGUGUCAGAAACAAGUUUAACAUACCAAAUUUACCUCUUGGUAGGUUCAAAAAUUGAUGGCACAACACAGAUCAUCCCAUUGUGCAAGCAAUUUUUUGUGGUGGGAGUAAAAUGAAUAUUACUAUAAUAGCAUUCUUCCCUCAUAAUUUUCAGUGUCCUUUUUAUUUGAUUUCGUUACUUCUCAGCACAUUUUUUUUUUGUUGUUGCUUAGAAUAAGAUUGUUGUAUCUAGAAGAACAGGACUUUCAUCCCAGUAUAAUAGUGAAUGGAGGAUUGAGGAGUCGAUGAUUUAUUUGGCAAUAGAAAUUCAUGAUUUA